CCGCCGCGGAGGCCGAGAGAGCCCCCCGCCCAGCCCGGCGACCGGGGGACCCCGGCACAUGAGGUGGACGCCCCCCGGGAGCACUUGGGUGCUGAGCCAGGCGCGAAGGUCUUGAGUUAGAGCACCAGCCUUGGGAACCCUGGACCACUAUCAUGGAGACUGAGAGCGAGCAGAACUCUAACUCCACCAAUGGGAGUUCCAGCUCUGGGGGCAGCUCUCGGCCCCAGAUAGCUCAGAUGUCACUAUAUGAACGGCAAGCAGUGCAGGCUCUGCAGGCACUGCAGCGUCAGCCCAACGCGGCUCAGUAUUUCCACCAGUUCAUGCUCCAGCAGCAGCUCAGCAAUGCCCAGCUGCAUAGCCUGGCUGCCGUCCAGCAGGCCACAAUUGCUGCCAGUCGGCAGGCCAGCUCCCCAAACACCAGCACUGCACAGCAGCAGACCGCCACCACCCAGGCCUCAAUCAAUCUGGCCACCACGUCGGCCGCCCAGCUCAUCAGCCGAUCCCAGAGUGUGAGCUCUCCCAGUGCUACCACUUUGACCCAAUCUGUGCUACUGGGGAACACCACCUCCCCACCCCUCAACCAGUCCCAGGCCCAGAUGUAUCUACGGCCACAGCUGGGAAACCUAUUGCAGGUAAACCGGACCCUGGGCCGGAAUGUGCCUCUAGCCUCCCAACUCAUCCUGAUGCCUAACGGGGCAGUGGCUGCAGUCCAGCAGGAGGUGCCAUCUGCUCAGUCUCCAGGAGUUCAUACAGAUGCAGAUCAGGUGCAGAACUUGGCUGUGAGAAACCAACAGGCUUCUGCCCAAGGACCUCAAAUGCAAGGCUCUACUCAGAAGGCCAUUCCUCCCGGAGCCUCCCCUGUCUCUGGCCUCUCCCAAGCCUCUGGCCAGGCCCUAGCUGUGGCUCAGGCUUCCUCUGCGGCCUCAGGCCAGUCCCUCAACCUUAGUCAAGCUGGUGGAGGCAGUGGGAAUAGCAUCCCAGGGUCUAUGGGUCCAGGUGGAAGUGGCCAGGCACCUGGGGGCAUGGGUCAGUUGCCUUCCUCAGGAAUGGGUGGUGGUGGGAGCUGUCCCAGGAAGGGCACAGGAGUGGUGCAGCCCUUGCCUGCAGCCCAAACAGUGACUGUGAGUCAGGGAAGCCAGACUGAAGCAGAAAGUGCGGCAGCCAAGAAGGCAGAAGCAGAUGGGACUGGUCAGCAGAACGUGGGCAUGAACCUGACACGGACAGCUACACCUGCUCCUAGCCAGACCCUUAUUAGCUCAGCCACCUACACACAGAUCCAGCCCCAUUCCCUGAUUCAGCAACAGCAACAGAUCCACCUGCAGCAGAAACAGGUGGUGAUCCAGCAGCAGAUUGCCAUCCACCAUCAGCAACAGUUCCAGCACCGUCAGUCUCAGCUACUCCACACAGCCACACACCUCCAGUUGGCCCAGCAGCAGCAACAGCAGCAGCAGCAGCAGCAGCAACAGCAGCAGCAGCAGCAGCAGCAGCAGCAGCAGCAGCAGCAGCAGCAACAGCAGCAGCAGCAGCAGCAGCAGCAGCAGCAGCAAGCCACAGCUCUCUCUGCCCCUCAGCCACCACAGGUCCCACCUACUCAGCAGGUCCCACCUUCCCAGUCCCAGCAGCAAGCCCAAACCCUGGUUGUUCAACCCAUGCUUCAGUCUUCACCUCUGUCUCUCCCACCCGACCCAACUCCCAAGCCACCCAUUCCCAUCCAAUCCAAACCACCUGGAGCACCGAUCAAACCUCCUCAGUUGGGGGCUGCUAAGAUGUCAGCUACCCAGCAACCACCACCCCAUAUCCCUGUGCAAGUUGUGGGCACCCGACAGCCAGGUACAGCCCAGGCACAGGCUUUGGGGUUGGCACAGCUGGCAGCUGCUGUACCUACUCCCCGGGGGAUGCCAGGUACAAUGCAGCCUGGCCAGUCCCAUUUGGCCUCCUCCUCGCCACCUUCAUCCCAGGCUCCUGGUACACUGCAGGAGUGCCCUCCCACAUUGGCCUCUGGGAUGACCCUUGCUCCUGUGCAGGGGACAGCACAUGUGGUAAAGGGUGGGGCUACCACCUCCUCACCUGUUGUAGCCCAGGUCCCUGCUGCCUUCUACAUGCAGUCUGUGCACCUGCCGGGCAAACCCCAGACAUUGGGUGUCAAACGCAAGGCAGAGUCUGAGGAGGAGAGAGACGAUGUCUCUACAAUGGGUUCAAUGCUUCCUGCCAAGGCAUCUCCAGUAGCAGAGAGCCCAAAGGCCAUGGAGGAGAAGAGCAGUCUUGGAGAGAAAGGUGAACCAAUGACCAAUGUGAAUGCUAAUACCCCAAGCGGUGAACUCGUAUCCUUGGCUCCUGCCCCAUCGGCACCACCUCCUACUCUAGCAAUGGUGUCCAGACAGAUGGGUGACUCAAAACCCCCACAGGCCAUUGUGAAGCCCCAGAUUCUCACCCACAUCAUUGAAGGCUUUGUUAUCCAGGAAGGAGCAGAACCUUUCCCGGUGGGUUGUUCUCAGUUACUGAAAGAAUCUGAGAAGCCACUGCAGACUGGCCUCCCGACAGGUCUGAAUGAGAAUCAGUCAGGUGGCCCCUUGGGAGGGGACAGCCCAUCUGUUGAGCUAGAUAAGAAGGCGAAUCUCCUGAAGUGCGAGUACUGUGGGAAGUACGCCCCUGCAGAGCAGUUUCGCGGCUCCAAGAGAUUCUGCUCCAUGACUUGUGCUAAGAGGUAUAAUGUGAGCUGUAGCCACCAGUUCCGGCUGAAGAGGAAAAAAAUGAAAGAGUUUCAAGAAGUCAACUAUGCUCGUGCCCGCCGGCGCGGACCCCGGCGCAGCUCCUCUGACAUCGCCCGAGCCAAGAUUCAGGGCAAGCGCCACCGGGGUCAAGAGGACUCUAGCCGGGGUUCAGAUAAUUCCAGUUAUGAUGAAGCACUCUCUCCAACAUCUCCUGGGCCUUUGUCAGUGAGAGCUGGCCAUGGAGAACGAGACCUGGGGAACCCCAAUACAGCCCCGCCUACCCCAGAGUUACAUGGCAUCAACCCUGUGUUCCUGUCCAGUAAUCCUAGCCGUUGGAGUGUAGAGGAGGUGUAUGAGUUUAUUGCUUCUCUACAAGGCUGCCAAGAGAUCGCAGAGGAGUUUCGUUCCCAGGAGAUUGAUGGACAGGCCCUUUUAUUACUUAAAGAGGAACAUCUUAUGAGUGCCAUGAACAUCAAGCUGGGCCCUGCCCUCAAGAUCUGCGCCAAGAUAAAUGUCCUCAAGGAGACCUAAGGUGGCUUUCUUGCACAAAGCAGCCUAAGGCAGGAGUUCCCCACUGUCCAGGUUACAGCCUGGUCCCACAGAUUUUACAGGGAAUAAAGGACUGUUCCAGUAUGUAAAGCUUCUGUGGAGGGGAUCACUGAGACAGGGAAGGAAAGUGUGAGAAACGGUUGCUGGUGCUACAUGGCAGAGCUUUUGACAUUUCCUCUGGGUUCUACUUUAUUUUCAAAAAUCUUUACAGUUCUCACCUACUCCAAUCCAGUCUUUAUAAAAGAAGUCUAGAGAAUGAGGACUAUUCAACCUUGCCCUGGAGUGUCUAGCCAAGGUCUCAGUUCUCCAAGAGAAAUAUACAGUGUGGUAAGGCAAGGAAAUGGGUGGAAUGUAGGUGUGCCUCCCCAAUGGGAGAGGUAGGGUUCUAGCUUGUGUGACACAAGUAGCAAAAACUGGGACUUCCUCUGGAUUGUCUGACUGUAGCUAUGGCCGUUUUGUUGUCACUCACUCCCAUACUAGUGAACAUUUUCUCCUGCAUCUGUGGCAGGCUCACCAGCCAGCGUAGGGACUUGGUUGGCAUCAUUCUGAGUUGCUGCAGGGACUAAAAGUGUUUGGCACAUGUGACUGUUGUUAAUUUUUUCUGCAUCCCCCUGCUCCCUUCCAAUCUAUCUGUUGUCUUUCUACCCUUUCUUUUCAAUUCCAACUCUGCUCUGUCCUAUAGCUUUAUGAAACGAGUGCGUGGGGCUGAGGUCAGGAGUAUAAAUACCUGCCUUAGGUGCUAUUCCUUAUACAACAAAAAUAUUAAAUAUUUUUUUCCUCCUCAGUAAAAGGAUAAAAA